UGGCAGAAAGUAGUUUCUGCUAGUUGAGGAGUUGGGAGAGAAAUGAAAUAGCCACAAAAUUCCAUGGCGCAUCAAUUUCCAUGCUCCCUCGCUCGCUCCCCAUUACUGUUCUUUCUCCCUCUCUCUCAUCUUCGAUUCGACGUUCACUCUUUCAUCAACAGAACAAUCUCGCCCCUGUUUCUAGUCUAACAUGGAGAAUUCACGAGAUGAUCUGUUAUACAUCGGAUACCGGACUAAGAAGAGGACCAGAAAUGGCAAGAAGGACCACGACCAUGGCGACACCAAUCGGAACAACUGCAUUAAGAAGAGGACGAGUUUGUAUGACUUCUUCUGCUCUUUGCUCUUUUCCCUCUCUUGCCUUGUCUGCUUGUUGUACUCCGACCUCGCCCUUGGCUAUGGCGAUGCUGCUACAGGAGAUUUUUCUUCUGUAAACAUAAGCACCUUUUGCCCUAGUCCUGGAGAACAGAAGCUGGAUGGUCGUGCCUAUUCAUCCAUAGAAAAUGGAAGCAAUAAUAUGAACUACAGAUCAUCUUUCGAGCUUAAUGUGUCGAUGAACUGUAAUGAGUCCUAUGUUCAUCACAACUAUGCAAAUUCUAAUUACUCACUUCCAGAGUCAAAGGCAUUUGAAGAAGCUGUAUUGAGUGCUCUAGGAUAUGCAUCUUUGAUGUGUGAAAUACAACAGCCAGAGAAGAAAGCAAACUCAGCAGAACAUCAGGAAGGUCCUAGUGGCAGAAGCUCUCACCCCACAUAUCUUAAUCUUGAUGAAUUCCGCAACAUAACGAUGAAAGAUAAAGGAGGCAAAAUGCCCAAUCAGUUAGUUAAUAUCUCUCAUCGGCUUGAACCCGAUGGAUCGGACUACAACUAUGCAUCUGCAUCUAAGGGCUCAAAGGUGGUUGCUCAUAACAAGGAAGCAAAAGGAGCAUCUAAUAUAUUGGGGAAAGACCAUGAUAAGUACCUGAGGAACCCUUGUUCUGUAGGAGGGAAGUAUGUCGUGAUUGAGCUCUCGGAAGAGACCUUAGUUGAUGCUGUGAAAAUUGCAAAUUUUGAACAUUAUUCUUCUAAUUUCAAGGAAUUCAAUUUGUCUGGCAGUUUGAGCUAUCCAACUGAGACAUGGUCUAAAUUGGGAAACUUUGUUGCUGCUAAUGUAAAACAUGCUCAAGUCUUCAAGCUACCUGAACCAAAAUGGGUUAGGUACUUAAAGCUGGAUGUGCUUAGUCAUUAUGGAUCAGAGUUUUACUGCACAUUGAGUAUAGUAGAGGUUUAUGGUGUUGAUGUCAUGGAGAGGAUGCUUGAAGAUCUCAUUGUCACCUCUUCAGAAGCUACUCCCAAGAAAUUUUCACAAGAAGAGCCCAAUUCAACUGUGUCGCCUUCUCUAAAAUCAGAUGUUGGUCCAGUUAAUGAGAUAGUAAAUAAUGAAAAUAACUUGCCAACUGCUGGUGCACGAACAGAAAGCACAGAUGAUCCCUCGAGUCUUGCUCUAGAGGUCGCAAAAAAUCUAGUGAAUGUUAACAAGUUUCCUGAUCCUGUAUUUGAAGCUAGACAGCAGCUGAACGGUAGAAUACCUGGUGACAGUGUCCUGAAGAUCCUGAUGCAGAAGGUGAGGUCACUUGAGACUAAUUUGUCUGUGCUAGAGGAGUAUAUCAAAGAAUUGAAUCGACAACAAGGGAAACUCUUACCGGAUCUCGAAAAGGAGAUAGUUAGAAUGUCAUUGCUCCUGGAGAAUACUAAAUUAGUUAUCAAAGAUCUCAUGGUUUGGAAGGAAACGAUUGAAAAAGAAAUAGCUCACUUCAAAUCAUGGAAAACGGCUGCUACAUUGCAAAUGAACGAAUUAGUCAGACAAAAUAAUAUGCUCAGCUUAGAUAUUGAAAAAAUUUCAAGCAACCAGGCCAAGCUGGAAAGUAAAGAACUUGCCGUGCUGGCUGUGAGCGUCCUUUUCAUGUGCAUUGCAACUCUGAGGCUACUAUCAGCUAAAAUUCUCAUGUUUCUUGGAGACUGUCAAUCCGAUAAGACGUGCUCGACAAGUAGGGGUUGGGUAUGGAUACUUGUAAGCAGCACGAUGACGGUAAUCCUUGCUUUCAUGUAUAGUUAGCAACUGUGAUUUCCUUUUUGUAGUUCUAGUUGGACGUGUUUCACCUUCUAUAGGCAAAAAGAAAACAGAGGAGAAGUCACAUGUACCAGGAUUGAACCCAAAAGAUUAAAAAAAUGAAAUGGGUCCCUGGGGAUGGAGAAAAAUGAGGUAACUGGAACCUCUUCCACUUUAACCAUAAUGCCAUUUACUCUGAUCUAUUCUUCAAACAGCUAAUUUUAGGUCAUAUCAUAUGAAGCCAUAUUGGCUCAGACAA